AUGGAUGAAGCUGGAAGUCUACCCCACAAUCAUGCGGUAAAUUUGCUCCCACCAACUCCUGCCGGCCUAGAAAGUUUGUAUUCAUUGUGCAGAAAAAUUUACCCAGAUCAACCGAAUCCACUACAAGUUACAGCACUGCUCAAGUAUUGGCUAGGAGGACCAGAUCCAUUGGAUUACAUAUCCAUGUAUGCAAAUCCUGGACAACCUUCAGAAAACGUUCCCGCUCAUUGGCAUUACAUCAGCUUCGGUUUGUCCGAUUUGCACGGAGAUGGUCGUGUCCACGAUGUUUGUGGGCCUGGCGGUAUCUCCGGAUUUGGAUUUGAACUCAGUUUUCGCCUCAAAAGGGAACCAGAAGAAACGUCACCACCUACAUGGCCAGCCACACUGAUGCAAUCUUUAGCCAAAUACGUCUUCCAUUCAGGUAAUGUCUUGCGACCUGGUGACCAUGUUUCUUGGCAUUGCGCUCUGGAUAACAGCGAAUCCCGUAUCCAGCACAUGCUGAUGGCCACUGAUAGUCAACUGAAAACAGCUCAAACUCCUUUCGGUACCGUCGAUUUUAUACAAAUUGUUGGAAUAACUUCGGAAGAAUUGAAGGCAGCCCAGCAGUGGAAUGGCGCACAAGUGUUGGAUCUCAUCUCCAGGUUACAUCCAGCCCGAGGUCCUUGGUACGUGACGGAUAUGAGAAGGAGAAGCAUUUUUGAUGUCGUGCCAAUAGCUUACAAGGAAGUCGAGACGGGUUUUGCAAGAGACGGUUCAAAUUUGAGCGGUGUUAGUGCUAGAUGUUCGUGGGCAGAACAGGAUGCCACUAAGUUAGAUAUAACCCAUCUGAAUGACCAGAAAGAGGAUCAUAAUGAAGAUCUACGGUUGAAACCUCCUGGCUUCGAACAAGCAAACAUUGGAGGACCAUAUGAAUCUGCAGAAAUGCUGCAUAUAAAAAAGUUGGAGGGGGUACAUCUCGUAUUUAAUUUGGAGGCGGGCAGCUUGCUGCCUCUAGCAAUAAGAGGCAGAGUGAAGCAUGGACGUCACUUCACCUUCAAGUCUGUGCUCGGCGAUACCGCUAUUACUCUUGUGGCUCAUUCAGUGACUGGAACACUUGUAGACUCGGAGCAUCCAUUUGUAGCACAAGGACCGUGGUUACAAGUCUUGAUACCCGAUGACUUGGCGCAAGACAUGGCGGUAACAUUCCAGGUGUUGGCUAGCCCAGAAGCCUUGGCUCUGCCCAAGACAUUUUCAUGGCCUGACAGAAGAUUAUCCGUAACUAUUAUCGCUGACAAGGUUUAAAAGACUGAUAUCCUCAUAGAACAUUAAAUAACUUAGUUUUCCCUCCAGGCUAUGUGGAAAACGACAGUAAUAUAAUAAUACUAUUUUUUCAAUUUUUAGAGAAUUGAAUUGGAAAUAUUUAUUCCUACAAGCAUGUGAUUUCCUUCAGUUUUUUUAUUUCUUUGUGUAUAAAGUUGUUCAGACAUACAUCAAUCUUCCCGUUGUUUAAUGUUCUGUGAUAUUACAUUUUCUAAUUUAUUUAUUAUUAAAUAUAUUUAUGUUUCUAACGUUUAUGUAAAAGUGAUCAAUUUGUCAUAUGAGCAACAUAUAAUUAUAUAGAGGCUUAGUAAGUAUUUCAUAUAAGAUAUAGACCAGGACAUCUACUCGUAGAAUUGCAGAAAAAAUGUGUAGACGCAUUUUACAGCGGAAUUCCAUUCUUAACGGUUUCUCAUCAAGGGAUAGAAAAAUGAAAACUAUGAAUAUAUUGGCAUAAGUGGUUGGCAUCGUUGUAGAUAUUAAAAGCACCUUUAAAAUGAGACUGUACAUGCUCAAUUUGUUGUUGCGAUAAAUGACCGAUUUUCAAAUUGAUGUUCUAUCCAAAAGUGCAUUUCCCAUUUUCCAAUUUUAAAAAGUAUCUCUUCCUGGUCGGGAGGAUUAACGGAAUAUUUUUUAACAACCACUAAAGGACAUACGUAUUCGGUGCGAGCCUUUUUUAUUACCCCCAGUGUAACAUUUCUUCAUUCUGAUCCUUUACCGCCGGUCUAUAAAUAAAUAGUACCGGAUAUGAUGGGCAGUGGAAUGUUCCUUGUUUAACAUAUCAAUGUUAUGGAUAUAACCAAACGCUUUGCCUGGGCUACUUUGUCAUCGUCCCCGGUACACGCCCUCGCUACCACUCUGGCAACAUCUUCCGUACCGUAUGUAUCUUGAAUUGUAAUGGUUAAUCAAAGCUGUUUUUGACCUCCUACAGCCACAUUCGUAACUGGAAAAACAGUUACGGAAAUUUGGCUAGAAAUCUUAUCAAGAAAAUCGCUCGAUAUGGCUGUAAUUUCACUACCACUAUCUAUAAAUGCUUCGGCUUCAAUAUCAGAAAUUUGGACAUUGAUGAUUAUCAGUUGCCUCCUCGAAUUCACCAUCAGAAUCACUUAUAAUAUUUUUGGGAUCUUGGUCUCUCGGAUUUCGAUAGGGAUGCGACUCCGCAUUUGAAUUAGAAUUUCUAUUAGGCUGAUUUUGCCACGGAGUAUGUCGCUUAGGGCGUAGGUAUUUGCUCUUGAUUAGUUGACGGAGUGUCAGGAUGAGUAUAAUUUUGGAAAGUAGUCUCUUUUAUUGCGGCAUUGCCCUUGAGGCACGGUAAAACAAGGCUGAUUUUAAACGUUUCUGGACCUCCAGAUUCAGCGAUAAGCUUUUUGAUUUUAAAGGGUGGGCCAUCCGUUGGUUUCUUUUUUAAACUGGUACUAAAGCUACACUCUUCAAUAAAAUGUAACACUCGAUACUUUAUUCAAAAGAAUACACCUUCCGAUUCACUGGACAACAAAUUUUAGUUUUUUAAUUGUAUCUUGUGGGAAAAGUGCACUUCUUUGUUAAUUUUGGGGCGCUGAAUCCAAAAAUGACAACGAAAUAAAAAAAUGAGUUGCGGUUUAGAAAAAAACUUUUUAUUUUUAAGGAUAUAUUAAAAAAAGUAACAAG